AGAGAGAGAGAGGAGGCUCCAGCAGAAGGGUGUUGCCCCGGAAGUGCUUAUUUAUCCUUCCGGACCGGCUGUAAGGGGCGCUAUGGCUACGCCGAGAGGUUCCACGGGGACCAAAACGAAGGCGUCCGACGAUGGAGAUGCCCCUCCUGCUAAGAAAGCCCCCAUUUUCUAUGGGAGCCUGGAGGAGAAAGAGCGCGAACGGAUCCUGAAGGGGGAGUCGGGGAUGAUGGGCAAAGAAGCCGUCAAAGCGGCCAUCGAGGCUGGCAACAUCAACAUCUCCACCGGGGAAGUUUUUGACUUGGACGACCACAUCAGUGAACGCCAAGCGGAAGUCCUGGCCGAAUUCGAGCGCCGGAAACGAGCGAGGCAAAUCAACGUUUCCACGGAUGACUCCGAGGUCAAGGCCUGCUUACGAGCGCUCGGAGAACCCAUAACGCUGUUCGGAGAAGGCCCGGCCGAAAGGAGGGAGAGGCUGCGUAAUAUCCUCUCAGUCGUUGGUCCCGACGCCUUGAAGAAAACCAAGAAGGAUGAUGAAAAAUCCAAGAAGUGCAAAGAAGAGUAUCAGCAGACUUGGUACCACGAAGGGCCAACCACCUUGAAGACGGCGAGACUCUGGAUUGCAAACUACUCUCUUCCACGGGCAGUGAAGCGACUAGACGAAGCCCGGUUUUUUAAGGAAGUCCCUGAAGCCACGCGGACAUCCCAGAAACAAGAGCUUCACAAAUCUUUAAGGUCUCUGAAUAACUUCUGCAGCCAAAUUGGGGAUGACCGUCCUCUUUCCUUUUGUCACUUCAGUUCCAACUCCAAAUUUUUGGCCACAGCCUGUUGGAGCGGCCUCUGCAAGAUAUGGUCCGUGCCAGACUGCAACCUCGUCCUCACUUUGAGAGGGCACAACACCAACGUCGGCGCCAUCGUCUUCCACCCCAAAGCCACCAUCUCGUUGGACAAGAAGGACGUCAAUCUGGCCUCCUGCGCAGCUGAUGGAUCUGUCAAGCUCUGGAGCCUGGAAAGCGAUGAACCGGUGGCUGAUAUAGAAGGUCACACGGUGAGAGUGGCCCGAGUCACUUGGCAUCCCUCUGGCAGAUUUUUGGGCACCACAUGCUAUGACCACUCCUGGCGUUUGUGGGACCUUGAAGCCCAAGAGGAGAUUCUCCACCAGGAAGGGCACAGCAAAGGGGUCUACGACAUCGCCUUCCAUGGCGAUGGCUCCUUAGCAGGCACUGGCGGCCUCGAUGCCUUUGGGCGUGUCUGGGACCUACGCACCGGGCGCUGCAUCAUGUUCUUGGAAGGUCACCUCAAAGAGAUUUACGGGGUCAGCUUUUCCCCCAACGGGUACCACAUCGCUACUGGCAGCGGAGACAACACCUGCAAAGUUUGGGACCUUCGCCAGAGGAGGUGCAUUUACACUAUCCCCGCCCAUCAGAAUCUGAUCACCGGAGUAAAAUUUGAACCGAAUCACGGCAACUUCCUGCUGACCGGGGCCUACGACAACACGGCCAAAGUGUGGACCCACCCGGGCUGGUCUCCCUUGAAGACUUUGGCCGGACACGAAGGCAAAGUCAUGGGCUUGGACAUCUCCAUGGACGGGCAGUUGAUCGCCACCUGCUCCUACGACCGGACCUUCAAGCUCUGGAUGGCAGAAUAAGCAGGGUAUUUCCACCCACGCCUGACCCUUUCUCACGUCCCUGGGGCGACCCGGGUUUUAGGGCGGGGAAAUCCCACGGCAACCCGGCCUGCAGAGUCCCUCCACUUCCUCCUCCUGGGCCAGCUGCGUUCGAGGAAACUUGCAUUUGCAUUUAUUUACAUCCUUCCUUCCUUCCUUCUCUGGUGGGGCUCCGGAUUCUCGCCGUGGUGGGGGGAAACCAACACCCCCCCACCACACACACACAGUUUUCAACCCCGGGGGAUAAAAGUUGGCUACCCUGCGUUUUGCUGAUCUCGGAUGGACACGCUUCCGGGGGAUCCAGGGGGGUCCCCUCAGAUAGGUGGUCUUUGGGCCUCUCUGUUUGGGACCGGGGUCCUUUUCUCUGUUGGGCAGAGAUCUUUUUUUUUAAAGAAAAAAUAAGUAUUAAAGCAAAGUGGCUGCGUCUCUUUCCAAGCCUCCCUUGUCUGCAGUUUUUGUCUUUUGAACUU